AUGUGCAUAGAAAAAGAUGUCUAUUUCAGCUCUGAAACACUUCUAUGUUUCAGACUGGAGAAUUUCAUAUUUGUUUGUGUCUGUAAUAUAAAGUAUCAUAUCCUUGUUAUUCUUAUGUACACACCACCCACGCCAGAGGAAAUUAUAGAGAGACAAGCUCUAUUUGCGCAGUUUCUGGAAGGAUACCCAAGCCCUAUAAUUGAAGGACAAAAGAAAGAGGCAAUUGAAAAGGUUUUUUUCUUUAACGACCAGCAGUUCAGUGAAGUGUGCGAAGACCUAAAAGAAGAGAUUAUUCGAAGAAGGGAAAAUGGCAGCAUUGAGUUUGUUCCAAACUAUUCACUAAAAAGAAACACAAUUCGGGAGCAGAUAUCUCUUCUAGAGGAAGAAGAGCUUAAGUCUUUAGUAGAAGACACGUAUCUAGUGCUAAAACAUAAAAAUGCAAAGACUCCAGAAGACGAACUACCGUGUCUGACAGCCCUGGUGCAAAGCCUUGAAGAAAUCAUAGGAAAAAGCGGUAGCCCGUACAAGGGGACAGUUAAGAGCCAGGGAUCACCCUCUGCGAUAAUUAUUUCUGUUGAAAAGCUAAGGAAAGAUCUGGAAGUUGAGGCAGCUGCAGAAGGGAAGAUAGAGAUACUUCUGACCAUGAUUGAAAAGCAAGUCUCUGAUCUAUGCAUUCAGGAGCUUUUAGACUCUAUCCGCAAGCAGCUAAACAUUAUAAACACGCAAAAACAGACAAUGUCCGCAGAGAUACUUACUUUGAAGAACGAUAUUAAAGACAUGCAUCUUGAGAGGGACAUGGAGACAGAAACCACCCAGUAUGAGGAGACAGUUGAGAAUAUUGUGGAAAGAAUCAUUGGGCACUUUUAUGAAAUAGAGUAUGCAUUGUCAAAAAAGAAAUCGGAAGACCUUCAAAAGAUUUUAGAUCUUCUAAACAAGGAGAAAGAGUCCCUCUUGAACCUCUCAAAGAGCAAAGAGAUCCAAAAGAUAGAGAAUCUAUCCAUUGGGGCAUCCGAAAAAGAUCUGCUAACUAAAAUAUCACAGUACUACUCAGCUGUUAUGACUGUUCUGCCUAAUUAA